AUGGAGCCGUCCGACGCGCCGACACCGACGGACGCUGCCGCGCCACCGAUUUCAGACACAGAUGACAACGCAUCGAACGAGCAAUUCGAGGAUGCCAUCGCGGCGGCCGAGCGGGCAUGGACAAUCAAGCUGGACGAGUACGCGCGACGCGUCACCGCGCUGCGUGCCAGCACCGCGUCGAUCAAGCAGGCACAUCAGGCGUCUACGAGUGCCCUCCAGAAGCAGCUGCACGAGGCGCAGCUCAAGCACAAGUCGCUCGUCACCAAGUGGACCAAAGAAAAGGAAGCGCGGGCGGCCGAGAAAGAAUGGAUUGCGGAUGCAUGGCCGUCCGAAGUGGCCUUGCCGCCACUGUGCUGCGUCCGUUCAUGA